UGCGAUUGGCUGGUCUGUACCCGGCCUACUGCCCAAAGACAGCUGGAAUAGGCUCCAGCAUGCCCACGACCCUUGUGAGGGUAAGCGGAUUAGAAAAUAGAUAGAGUGACAUUAGCCCAGGUCCAGAUUGACCUGCAAACAUUAAGUGUGAAUGGAAAAUGAACAGCAAGUUUUAUGAUCACUUGUCGCCCAUGUCUGAAAGCUAUGAUGAUGAUGCUGCUGCUGGUGGUGAUGAUGAUAAUGAUGAUGAAACGGUCCAAUCCUAGCCUACAUGUCCAUGGAGCUGGGGCAGCAGUCCUGUCGCGCACGCGCCAACAGUUGGGAGCGCGAGCGAGCCCACGCGGACACCACGAAUGCUGGCAGGCAGCAGAGGUCACGCACGAAAAGAGGCACAGUUGAAGAGAUGACACCGUGAUGGAGUAGCCCACUCCGGACAGGUGGAGGAGCCAGCCACCGGUUGUUGCAAGAGAGGAUCCAUGAUGUCCGGUUCUGGAGCUGAAACCAAUUCAUGUUGGGUUGCUGUAUUUGGGAGCCGUGUUGCCUGUUGCCCAUGGCAACCUCGUUCAGUUAUUAGGACAAAACACUGGAUGUCUCACCCUCAAGCCCCCAUCAAAUCCACGAUGGGCAGGUAAAAACUGAGAGGCCAGGAGUUGGCCAUCUAAACCCACAAAGUGAGUCCAUAAAGGGAUAUAAAACCAUUGUCCUUAAGUUUGUCCUAAAAAUGCCAAAUGUAGCCAUAUAAAAAUGCCUCUAAAUGUUCGAGCCAAGCCGGCGCAAUGCAAACUGUCUGCUGUCUCAAAGAGCAGCGGGCGUGCAGAUGGCACUGCAUCUCAUUCACGCUUUUCAAGGUCUGCAAAACAGGCCAAAGGUAAACAGACUAAGACCAGUUCAACCCCAGGCUGCCGCUCAGGACUGGAACCUGGCUCGGUCUCCACACCCAUUUCAAAAGUACCUGGAGGUCAGGAAUCAAUGUCAAGGCUCGGUCCAAAGAAACCUGGAGGAGUAACACAUACAAAGGAGACCAGUGGCUCCGCAACAGCCCCAGGGGGAAAAACGAUGUCAAUGGAAAACAUCCAGUCUUUCAAUGCGGCUUACGGCACUUCUGGCAUAUACUCCUGCGAGCGGGAUGCUUUGGAACCCUCUGGAAGUUAUCCUAAAGGCACCAUGACACUUGGAAGGAACACCAGCCGCUUCUCCCACAGUGGCCGUGGUGCGGGCAGCAACCCAAAUGUCAACUCCACUGACUCGAUUCACCCAUCCAACCACUACGGCAAAGGCCGAAACGUUCGCCCUGCAGGGACUUGCAGUCUACAGCGGCAGUCGGGGAGACGCCCACAGGCGCUGGACUCGAGCGAUCACGAGGCGCCUUCUGCAUCUGAUCUUCAGGCUCAGCUGAGAGAGCUCCAGAGGGAAAAUGACAGCCUAAGAAAAGAAUUGGAUGGAAGCAAGGAUGGAAAGACGGGCCACAGUAUUAACAGUGCCCGCCUUUGGAGUGUGGAUGCCAAGGGAGACAAAGGCAUGAGGCGGGAGGAUGGAGCAAGGAGCUCUGCACUCAAGGACUGUUACAAGGAAGAUCAAGAUAACAUUCAGCUUCCACUGACAGUUGAGGAGCUCCAGGAGGAGCUGAGAGCUCACAGGGAGAUGAACAGCCGCCUACAGCAACCCCAUCAGCACGGGACCUCCGGUUCCUGUCGUGACAUUAGCCUGGACCAGGAGCACAGAGGAGGGCUCAGUCCUGGCCGCACUCCCCGAGAAAGUCCCAGCAAUCUCCACAGUUCUGGACCAAAGAACAGCCCGAGAGCGAGUCCCUCCAACACAUUGAAUCUAAGGCAGCAGGAAGCGGAUGUCAUCAUCCACAGCUCUGGGUAUGGCUCGGCCAGUCCGAUAGCCGCACAGAGAGUCAGCCCAGCCGGCACGCUUCAUCCCGGACCAAAACACAGCCCGAAUCAUGCAGCGAUCCCCAACCCCAAUUUGGUUCGGCGUUGCAGCCCUUGCCAAGUGCCAGGCUGUGAUGGCUUCUCCUCACCACCUCUGGAUCCGUCACAUGAGAAUUUUGUGCACCUGCAGUCGGAGCACGAGCGUCAGGCCAAGGAGCUGUUCCUGCUGAGAAAAACAAUGGAAGAGAUGGAGAUGAGAAUUGACUCUCAAAAGCAGACGCUGGGUGCCAGAGAUGAGAGCAUCCAGAGGCUCUUGGAGAUGCUUCAGGGUCAAGGUCACGGGCAGUGGGGCCGGGGACAGAGAACGGGCAUCUUAGCUAUGGCUGCACAGGAGGCUGAAGCUCAACUCGAAAACAUGCACGUAAAAGAGGACACCAAGAUCUCUUCAUUGGAGAGGAACAUCAGAGACUUGGAAGAUGAGGUCCAGAUGUUAAAGACCAGCGGCCUGCUGCACCCUGACGACAGGCAGGAUGAGUUCAAACAAGUGGAGGUCUACAAGAGCCAUUCUAAAUUUAUGAAGAACAAGAUAGAGCAGCUGAAGCGGGAGCUGAACAGGAAGGAGCCUGAGAUGCAGGCCCUGCAGACCAAACUGGAAACACUAGCCAAUCAGAACUCAGACUGCAAGCAACACAUCGAGGUGCUUAAAGAGUCCCUCAACGCGAAGGAGCAACGUGCCAAUACGCUGCAGACAGAGGUAGAUGCUCUAAGGGUGCGUUUGGAAGAAAAAGAACAGUUCCUGACAAAGAAGAACAAGCAGCUUCAGGACCUGACUGAUGAAAAGAGCACUCUAACGGGAGAAAUCAGAGACAUGAAGGAUAUGUUGGACGUCAAGGAGAGGAAAGUCAAGGUCCUCCAGAAAAAGAUUGAUAACCUGUUGGAGCAGUUAAGGGACAAGGACAAGCAGCUGUCUGGUUUAAGGGAUCGGGUCCAAGGCCUUCAGACCGAUUCCAGCAACACAGACACAGCCCUCGCCACACUGGAGGAGGCCCUGUCUGAGAAGGAGCGAGUCAUCGAGACCCUUCGGGAACAGAAGGAGCGGGCGGACAGGGUUCAACUGGAGGAGUUGGAGCGACUGAGGAAGGACAACCAGGAAUUGAAGGACAAGCUGUCAACCCUCCAAUCUCAGAAACUGUCCUCCAGCCAGCCUGCGAUCAUGGGCCCAAAGCAAGGCCAGAGGCCCGAUGGAGAGGUGCCAGCCCAAAUAGAAGCUCUACCAGCUGUGAGCUCCACGGCCGCAAACCCAGAGGACACAUUGCAUAAGUGUCCAGAUAUUGCAGCUCGCCUGAGGCUUCUUGAGCAAGAAGUGGCUCGCUACAGAGAAGAAUCUGGAAAGUCGCAAGCUGAAGUAGCAAGGUUGAUGGCGGCGCUGAAUGAUGCUGAGGUGGACAGAUCUGGCAGAGAGAAGAAAAUAAAUGAACUUGAGAGGCAAAUCAAGUCCCCUCGCAUCCAAAAACAGACGGUGGAAUUAAGGAAAGAUGCCCAGCCUGACGGACAUCAACAUUCUUUAUCGCAGCUGGAAGAGCUGAUGGGGGCCCUGGAGAAGACCCGGCAGGAACUGGACACGACAAAAUUGCACCUGUCCUCCACUCAGCACUCCUUGCAUGAGCGAGACAGACAUCUCAACAGCCUGCGCCAGGAAAGACGAAAACAGCUGGAAGAAAUUCUGGAAAUGAAGCAGCAAGCUCUACUGGCAGCUAUCAGCGAGAAGGAUGCUAACAUAGCCCUGCUGGAGUUGUCUCCAUCAAAGCGGAGGAAAGCCCAAGAGGAGGUGAUGGCUCUAAAACGGGAGAAGGACCGGCUCAUGCACCAACUAAAACAACAGACUCAGAACAGAAUGAAGAUGAUGGCUGAUAACUGUGAGGAAGAUCGGAUUCACAGUCAACAUCACCCUCGCCAUUCCGUUCACUUGCACUCGUCGAAUAUGCAUCACAGAAGCCUCCCAAGAGGGCCCCCGCAUGCCAACCACAGAUCCCCUAUGGACCAGGAGGACGAAGAGGGCAUUUGGGCAUGAUUUGGUGUCAACGUUGGAACAUUGUCGACAAACUGCUUGCACCGCCAGAUCUCGGGAGGUCCAGGUGCUUCAGUGCUGCUUUCGAAUUACCUCAACUCUGCUUGGAUUUUGGAGCCGAUCAGUGCAAUUAAAGUGGAACAGUCUAUUAAAUGUACUUAUUCAUUUACUGUAAAGCCGACGAUUGGGACCGGAACUGCCUACACUUGUGUUUAACUGACGACCAUUGAAAUACCUUAGGAAUAAAUAAUAACAAUUAACUCCUAAAAAAUAAAAAUAUCCCCAAAACAGAGAAAUACAAUACACUAAAAAUAGGGGGGGAGGUGGGGGAUGAUGCUGAUGCAGGGGGUGACCUGAAAUCCCCCCACUGCCCUGAAAAAAGUGAAAACAAAUGAAAAACGAAAAAUUACUGUGCAUGCUGACAGCACAGAAGUCCUUUGAGACAACAAGAUUGUUUUUGCUCUAAUGUUUGAUUUUGCUGAUCCUACCAAUGACAUCACUCAUUGAUCAGCCAAUUACGACAUUACAACUGAUGACCUAUUUUUCAUAAAAUGCAAAAUAUUUGACGUUCUGAUGCAAACAAUCAGAUCUACGCAAAGUCCAAUUCCUGCCAGACGGGCAUGCAUUUCAGGAGCCACAACUUCCGAUAAGCUCCAAAUGUUGUAUUCUUCUUUGCUGACGAAUGCCCUGACCCGAACGUAGGGGGGCAGUUAGGAGUGUUGGGCCCGCUUUAAUGUGGCACCCCUGCCUUUAUGUCCCUCAAUGUUUGCUGGGGGUGGGGGAUUGUGAGCAGGGUAAAAUGUUCAGUUUUGAGUUCUGGCUCUCAAUCAACACAAAAUUGAGCCACUACUUUUAAUACGAAUGUAGCCAAGCCAGUGGAUAUACCGAUAAAACUUUGGUGCAACUGGACUUGCGAACGUAGUAUUACGUUUACUUCUGCCACUAAAUACAGUUUUGGACUUUUCACAACAUGGACCUCACACCUUCAGAUCCACGAAGACCUUCUCGAUGUACCGUGCCAAUGGAGACAAACCAUAUUGCAGAGACAUUCUUCUGAUAUUGGACUGGAUUCGAAGCUUUCGUGUUCUAAGGCUCAAUUGCUGACUGACCUGACUUUGGUGGAACAUCUCCUCCUUGCCUUGUUGAAGAGGCUGAAAGUCACCGACAUCAGUUGAAAUGUCGGCUAGGGUCAAAUUACAAUUCAUAUAAAAAUAGGAGUACUGGACAUCUCUCUGUUGAGCCUGUUGUGAAUUUGAUUGCUAAAACAAUAUCAACCAUGUCAUGUUUUCUUUGCACUUUUUUGUGACAUUCAUUUCAUAUCCGAGUGCCACUAUUUUGGGUUUUGAAAAGUGAUGUGUAUUUUGUUUGACACGGUUUCUUUUGCACAGUGCAUAUUACUCGGGAAGCAGCUUGAAGUCUCAGACUUAGUGACUCACAAACAUGGACAAUUGAACCUCAGCCUGAGGACCCAAAAGACACAAAGGGGGGGACCUAAAUUCUUCCCACCUUCAUCUUUUGAGCUGUCUGAAACACACUUCCAAAGAUGAAAUAAACAAUAAAAAAAAUUACAAGUAAAAAUUGACGCUUUUACAGGUGGAUAUUAAAAGACAAGAAAGGACUUUGGGGUUCCUUGAGUUCAUAUUAUCAGUGUUUUCUUUCCACAUAAAUACAUAAAUUAUAUAUACAGUGAUCCCUCGCUACUUUGCGGUUCGUUUAUCGCGGGUUCAGUGCAUCGCGGAUUUUUUCAAACAUAUUUAAUUUUUUUUUUUUUUUUUACAUAUACAUGUAGUGCAGUACCUGUAUAUGUUGCUCUAUGUGACUCGCUGUUGUUUUGCAGCUUCUCACUGACCGUUUGCGAACUUUGGAAAAAAAAAUAUAUUUUUACUUGUUUAUGCUAAUUGAACGCUACUUCGCGGAUUGUCGUCUAUCGCGGGUGGUUUUGGUCCCCAUUCACCGUGAUAAACGAGGGAUUACUGUACAUAUAUACAUUUUUCCCCCUCAAUUGUUCUCUUUGCUCCAGUGGAACAAAGUAUUAACAUUUAUAAAGUACAACAUUUUUUAUUCUGCUUAUGUGUGGGUGGUUCAGAUCAACUUUAUCCAUAACUGUGAAUGUUUGUGAGGGUUCUCACGGGAUUCACCCUUGACUUGUUCCCACAAUGUUCUGCAGUGGUCAGCGUGUUUCCAGUUGUUUUAAUAAACGUUGCUUUCACAGGAACUAUGAGGUGUCUUUUAAGCCAAAUAAUGUCAAUAACAUUGACAGUGACAGUGUUUGGUGGUCAAAGGGAGUGCAACAAUGGCUAUUUUCACAAGAUGAAAGUUUCACCACCACUAAUGGCAUUUUCAACAAUAGACUCUUGAAGUUUUUCCCAGUUUUCAUGGUCUACCAAGCCUCUCCCACUCUCAUAAACUCAGCCAGAUGUUGCCCCGGCUUUUCUUCCUCAGAAAACAUGGGGGGUGGAUGUGGAGGUGAUCGAGGAGGAACGGCGGAGAGGGCGGGUUCACAAAUGUGGCUAAGCAUGUUUGGUAAGACCAGCUGGAUGCACCUUGGCACGCAAGUCUGCCAACAGCUGAUGUGCAAAGAGUAGAAUCCAGAAAUGUGUGUGUCAUCACCCUUGUUCAAACUUCGUGUCCUGUUGCCAGACUUUUACUCUUGUGAUACUGUACACUUUUGAAUACUUUAUUACCUACCCCUGCACAAUGAAAUAAAAUCCAUUUGUUUUUCUUUA